UUAUAUUAUGACAUUUAAUGUACCGAGUCGUGUUUCUGACACACUAAAAAAUUUCUUAAGUACAACAUAUAUGCUCAUUUCAGACUCACAAAGUAAUGUACAUCGUAAAAAUAAUUUACAUGACUUUGAUGCCAAUAUUGUUACAUUUCUAUAUGUUACUAUUGUUCUUUUAAUUUCAUCAAUUUCUUUGAAGCAAACUUUUAAGUUUCUGUAUUUUUCAUAUUGUUAUACUAAAAAAAAAAAAAAAAAAUUAGAGUUAGCUUCAAUAUCUUUUAAUUUUAUAUAUUUUACAUGACAGUGUGACAGUCCAUAAAAAAUCUCUCGUCCGAGUGGACGUAAACGAACUGAUAUGAGCGGAUCGAGUAUUAGAAUAUUCAAACUUGACACACAAGGCAGGGAUUGUUGUGGUGCAAAACGGGAAAAAAGUUUGAAGGGAAAGGACUUGGAUUCUUCCCCAAGAAAGAACUAUAACAUGCUACAAACACUCUGUAACCCUAAGUCAAGUGGAACUUGGAUAAUCUCCCAACCAAGAACUCCUUUAUAACUAGAGGGCGUCUUGUUGCGUAAAUAAUGAUCAGUUGAAUUACAAGAAGAGAGAGAGAGAGAGAGAGAGAGAGAGAGAGAGAGAGUAGAAAAGAAGAUGGUUUGGAAGGGAUUAGGAUAUUGCUUGGGCGGAGCUGUUCUUUCCUCCACCGGCUGGUUCCUCAACGAUGAUGCAGAUAAGCUUGACUCAGUCCCUCGGAUCAGCCAGUUGAAGGAUUUGGAAAAUCAUGGAUCGGGCACGGUGGUCGCGAUUUCGGGGGAAGUUGGCUCUGAAACACCCAUCGACUGUGAGCUUGGUGGUUUGCAAGGUGUAAUUGUUCGAAAGACAGAAGUAAAGUUGUUGAAUUGGCCAGAGUCUGUUUCGGCAAACAAAACGAGAAAAGAAGUCCCAUGGUAUUUGGUAAGGAUUUUUGUUCUCCUCUCUUUGGUGCUCACUUAA